CAAGUCUUGGACUAUCAGUCUCUCUCUCUAUCUCUUGUAGCUCUUUUGGUGGACCCCUAUCUGCUAAAUGCUUUUUCUUUGCAGAUUUAUAACAGGAUGAUAAUGUGUGCCAUUUUUGAUGGAUACUUUACUUGAGCCAAGAGGGAGGAGGGAACAUACUCAGUCCCCUUUCCUCAUCUCUGGUGGGGAACCGGUUGAGGCUGACUUGACAGAACAUGAAUUUGUUGCGUCGUUAUGAUUGGAGGUUUAAAAUGAGUCUCAAGUAAUAAUAAUACAAUAAAGAAAUGUAAAUGAUCUCGGACAAACGGAUCCUCUGUGCGUGUCGGAGAUAUUACAGGAUUGGCAUUGGCUGAAGAGAAAGCAUAUACAUCAAACGGCCGGUAUUCCGUCUUCACUGAAUUAGGAUCCGAAUCCAAUCCAAUCCUUCUUCCGCUUUCCUUCUCAUUUCUCAACGGCUCACCCUUCGCCAAACUGACUUGAGUUCCAGCACGCACCAGCCAUGGCGGCCUCAAGAAACGCAGAGACAUAUCUGUGAGCGCAUAGCUUUUGGAGAGAGAAGAGAAAAUGAAAGUGUUCGGUAAAACAGUGCUUUCUCUCGUGUUCAUCCUUGUACUUACCAUCACUUACUCCAUUUUCAUCGGCACCGUCGAUUUCAGAUCACACGUCUUCCCACUGUUCCAGUCGCUGCCGACCAACAGCACAUCCUGCCGCCGUGGGGAAUUCCCUCUCAGGGUUUAUAUGUACGACCUGCCCCGGCGUUUCAACGUCGGGAUGCUGAAUCGCCGGAAAUCCGACCAGACGCCGGUGACCGCCGCGACUCUGCCACCGUGGCCGGCGAAUUCGGGCCUGAAGAAGCAGCACAGCGUGGAGUACUGGAUGAUGGCUUCGUUGCUGUACGACGGCGAUGGCGGUGGCGGAGAAGUGACGCGAGAGGCGGUUAGGGUUUCGGAUCCGGAGUCGGCGGAUGUGUUCUUCGUGCCGUUUUUCUCGUCGUUGAGCUUCAACACUCACGGGCACAACAUGACGGAUCCAGAUACCGAAUUCGAUCGGCAAUUGCAGGUUGACAUGCUUAAAUUUCUAAGGGAAUCAAUUUAUUGGCAGAGGUCUGGUGGCCGUGACCAUGUAGUUCCCAUGCAUCAUCCAAAUGCUUUCAGAUUUCUUCGAGAACAGGUGAAUGCAUCUAUUCUCAUUGUUGCAGAUUUUGGCCGUUACCCUAAAAUCAUGUCAAAUUUGAGCAAAGAUGUGGUGGCCCCAUAUGUGCAUGUAGUGGAUUCAUUCACCAAUGAUGACUCUCCAGAUCCAUACGAGUCUCGUUCAACUCUUCUUUUCUUCCGAGGGAGAACAGUGCGGAAAGAUGAAGGAAUUGUCCGUGCUAAACUGGCAAAGAUAUUAGUCGGUAUUGGUGAUGUCCACUAUGAAAGAAGCUAUGCAACAGGAGAAAGCAUAAAAAUGUCCUCAGAAGGGAUGCGGUUAUCAAAGUUCUGUCUGCAUCCUGCAGGGGACACUCCUUCCUCUUGCCGCCUGUUUGAUGCUAUCGUGAGCCACUGUGUUCCUGUAAUCGUGAGCGAUCAAAUUGAGCUCCCCUUCGAGGAUGAACUGGACUACACGCAGUUCUCACUUUUCUUCUCGGUCAAGGAGGCACUGGUGCCGGGCAACAUGGUUGCACAGCUUCGGAAGUUUCCAAAAGAGAGAUGGCUGGAAAUGUGGAGGCGUCUCAAAAACAUCUCCCGUCACUUCGAAUUCCAGUAUCCCCCCAAAAAAGAAGAUGCUGUGAAUAUGAUAUGGAGACAAGUAAAGCACAAGGUUCCUGCAGCCAAACUUGCUGUGCACAGAAGCAGGAGAUUGAAAGUGCCAGAUUGGUGGCGCCGGAGAAGAUAGUUCCGGGCCGGAGCCAGCCGGUUUUCCGACGCUGUACAUUAAUCGUAAUAAUUUAUAGGGGCAAUGGGCAAUCGUUGGCGAGAAUGAAGUAGAGGCAGGCAGGGAGGCAGGAGGCUGCUGCAGCAACUGGAUCGGUACCCAGCCAGAAAUUAAUUUGAUCAGAAUGUCGAGUGAGUGGUGCUUCUGUCAAUUGCUUCUUCCUUCAACUUCAAUGAUGAAAAGAAAAGGAAAACAUUUAAUUCUUUUUUUUAAACGGGAAAUUCUUUUGCAUUUUCAUUCCCUGAAAAUAUAUGCAUUCUUGAGCGAGGAGUUGUUCAAAUGUAAAUGGGCGCCGCCAACGAUGAGUAGUUCUUGUGAUGCAAUUAGCACCGUCUGAUCUAGCAAGCAGCUGCUUGGGGGUGUUCUUUUCUC